AUGGAGGCAAUACAAGUUGCUCAAUAUGAAAGUGAUGCAUCAGAUGAAGAGAUUGUAGAAGAAAAUUAUGACACAAAUGGAAAUGAAAGAUCUUCCAAAAAAAGAAAACCAAAAUGUUGGGUUAAUGAAAAUACAUUUGAUAAUGCUGGUGAAGCAGAAGCAUCAAUUGGAAAUGAACGGUCAAAACAUUACACGAACUAUACAGAAAAUAGAAAAGUAGUUUAUUAUAGAUGUGACAAAGCCAAACGUCGUGGAUCUCAAUGUGAAGCACGUAUUUAUUUACUGUAUCAUGCAGAUAGUGAUAAAGUUACUGUAUGUAAAACCGAAGUUGAACAUGGUAAUCACCAUGAUAAACUUCGUGGUGUUGAUAGAAAUUGCAAAAAAAAGAAAUAUGGUACAUAUAUAAUUAGUUUAAAUGAAUCUGAAGAAUGGUGUAAAAAUAAUUUAAACAUCCCAACUGAUCCAAAUAAGCCUUUUGUUGUAUCACAUAAAAUAUUAUAUAAUGAUGAAGUAUAUGAAGAUGAUCAAGAUAUUGAAGAUGAUGGUGAAAAUAAAUUCCGUAUAUUUAUAUCUUUCAUAUGUUUGCUCAAUAUUGCAUCCACGUCUUCACAUAUACAUGCGAAUGCAACACAUAAAUUAGUAUGGCAAGGUUAUCCAGUUUUAAUUGUUGAAACAACUGAUUUAAAUAAAUCUUUUCAUCCGUUUGGAUUAGCAACAUGUUCGAAUGGAAAAACAGAAGAUUUUGAAAUUAUUUUUAAUAGUAUACAAAUUGGUAUGCAAGUAAUAAAUAAAGAUUUAUUAAAACCAACAGCAUCAAUCUCUGAUGCUGCUGACGCUAUUAAAAAUGGAUUUAGAAAUGUAUUUAAUAAUGAAUAUAAUCAAAUAAUGUGUUGGGCACAUAUGAAAAGAAAAGUUGAACAUCGUAUAUGUCAAAUAAAUGACAAAGAUAUUAGAAAAGAAAUAAUGGAAGAUAUUGAGAUGCUUCAAUUAUCCAAUUCUGUACCUGUCUCUAUAUUAGCAUCAACAUUAUUUAUUAAAAAAUGGAAUAUGAACAACAAGCAACAAAACCGAUCAAUAUUAGAUUUUUUAGAAUAUUUUGAUAAAGAAUGGUUUCAAUCGAAUGAUGGUUGA